AUGAAGCCUAUUAAAAUAGGUUAUAAGUUAUGGUGUCUAGCAGACCAAAAAGGUUACAUCAAAAAAUUUCAGGUAUAUCAAGGAAAAGAUGAACAAUUAGAAAAUGAAUUUAAAGAUUGUGGUCUAGGUGAAAGAGUUGUGCUGUCUUUGACAAAAAAUGAAUGGGGGAAAAAAAAACAAAUUUUUUUCGAUAAUUUUUUUACAUCUAUACCACUGCUUGAAAAAUUGAAGAUUGAGAACAGUUUAGCGUGUGGAAAAAUACGAGCUCAUAGAAAAGGUAUUCCUAUACUUCACGAUGACUCAAAAUUAGCAAGAGGAUCUACAGAUUACAAAAUAACUGACUCUGGAAUUGGAGUUUUUAAGUGGAAAGAUACAAAAUCAGUUUUGUUAGCAUCAAACUACCAUGGCACAGAAAAAACCACUGUUUCCGUUUCUCGAUACAAUAGCGUUUAUUUGCACACACGUGCUGUUCUACUGUUAGAAUUCUGCUUUUAA